GAAGGUCAUGGCUAUACCACCCACCGUUGCCAGACUAUCGUACUCAGGGCCUCGUACUUACCGGUUUCUGAGCCACAACUAUUGCCAGGAAACACCAGGAAUUAACCAUUGUAACGGUAACUAUAUAUGAAGGAAGUUAUUAGGGUCGAGGAGGCAGUUUUGGGGCGGAAAUUGGCAAACAUAGGAGGCUGAGUACAACAGUCUGGCACCGUUGAUACCACCCCGAGUGACGGCGACCGCGCAGUUCCCAACAUUCGUACAGUUUUAUUUUAUGGUGGUGGUGAUGUGAUGGGUGUGUGGAUGGUAGGGAUAGUGGUGGUGGUGUUUGCGUGUGGGUUUAAUCAGUGGUUUCCCCAGUUCGUGUAGCCCAUCCCACCAGCUAUGACGGGAAGUACUGACCAGUGACCACCCUCCCCAGCUUGUAAGGAUAGAUUAAUCGUCUCAAGUGAUCCCAGACUUCUUAGCUGAUACACCUGAGGAAGUUCGUCAUGGGUUUUCAGCGCAUUUGUAGAGGAGUAAACGAAAAGAACUGCAUACCAAGACCGAGACUAAGACAUGUGACAAACCGUGGCAGAUGGAAAAGAAGAACUAUAUAGCCCCAUUAAACACCCAAGGAGGAGAAAUACACCCUGACUAACCCCAUAAAACACCCAAGAAGAAGAAGAAAAAGAAAUACACCCCAGAAGAAGAAAUACAAAGCGUUAGAGAGAUACAGAAGAAGAAAGAGCCAUUAGGGGUAAGGACAUGAAGAGAUCAAGACAGAUGAGUCGUGGCUCAAACACCAAGUGAAUACAAGAUGAGUGACAAGAAACCCCACUCUGUGCCUGUGCCUCAGCUGUACAAAGAGGCCAGCAGGAUACUGAAGCGCCUGGAGGCUAGGGAAGGUUCACUGAAGACCCUGGUGUACGGCAGCAAGUAUAAGAAUUACAGGAAGAUUUAUGCUGUCCUACAAAAAGCCUGGAAUCACAGUUCUAGAACAAAACAUAUAUUGGCUGCAUCAAAACUUUUCAAGGAACAACCAAAUUUUGAUCCACAUCUUGCACAAGUUCUUACAAGUGAGCUGUUGGAAAAAGGUUCUCUAUCUGGGGACUGUAAGCCUGUUCAGGUUCUUCUGAAAUAUGAAGAAGAGCUCAAAAGUCUGGCAGCAAACACACUUUGUGAAGAGAAAGAAAUGGUGCAAAGUAGAAGUCAUUACCCUCGCUAUGUUAGAGUCAACACUCUUGUGGCGUCAGUGGAGGCCGUGCGGUCACAACUUGCUGAGGAAGGCUGGUGGGCCCUGGAAUAUGACAGGAACCAGAUUACCUAUGAUCAUUUUUUACAUUUAAUGGAGAAUUUGAAGGAACAUCAGUAUCUCGUAGACUAUCACCUGCCUGAGUUACUGGUCUUCCCUCCGAACACACCAUUCUGGGACAGUGUUCUGUAUAGAGAAAAUGCCGUAAUUUUGCAGGAUAAAGCUAGCUGCUUGCCAGUCUUCAUUAGUAACAUCAGACCUGGGGCUUCAGUUCUUGAUGCCUGUGCUGCACCAGGGAACAAGACAUCACAAAUUGCAGCGCUCAUCAACAAUACUGGAAGAGUAAUAGCAUCAGAAAAGAGUUUCAGUCGCUAUAAAACUCUCAAAAAGCUGUUGCAUCAGCGAGGCGCGUCGUGCGUCACCACUGUCAAUAAAGACUUCACCAAAUUACCUCAGGACCUCACUGCUGGCAUUGAACACAUCUUCUUAGACCCAACCUGUUCAUCUAGUGGCACUACCUUGCAUAAGGAUGAAAUACCCCAGGAAAGACUGCAGAAUCUGGCAGCAUUCCAGGUUCAUCUACUUCUGCAUGCAUUAUCCCAUCCAUCAGUACAAGAGGUUGUUUAUUCCACUUGCUCACUUAAUGCAGAAGAAAAUGAGGAAGUUGUACAGUCUGUCCUUAACCAACAUGAAAAAGAGUUUGAAUUGGAAAAUCUUCAAAGUAAACUUCAGGGAUGGAAACAUUUUGGAAAAGAACGUUAUGAAUGUGGGAAAUAUUGUCUAAGGACAGUAACUGAUAUAGACAAGUGUCAUGGAUUUUUUGUAGCAAAGUUUAUGAGAAAAAAACCCACUUGUCAAAAAAAUGAAGCCCCAAAAGGAAAAAAGCAUAAAAGAACCAAUGACCUGGAGAGUUGUCGUAUGAAAAAGAAAAGAAAUAUUAAACAGAGGAAAAAGUUAGUAGCAGUAGCCACGGAUGGAAAUUGAGAGUACUGAAAAAAGCCAUGUAGCAUUCUACUGCUCAGACAUGUUAAAUUUUUUGGUGCUGCUCAGGAACAGAAGAAUAUCUAUGUACACCUGUGCUAUUGCUUAUUGUGAUGCUAACAUGUGGAAAGCACACAAAAACAUGAUGGUUUGUUUAGUCAUGUAACCCUGAACCUUUUGUAUUGAAAAUAGUCAGAAUGAUAUGAAACAUACUCUGGUUAGUUUAUACAGGAAUAUAUUGUCUUUGAAACAUGUAAAAAGUUUUUUUAUAUAUAAACUUAUUUGUUAUAAAAGUUACUGUUUUGGGGCUGACUUUGUAACUUUUUGGUGUAAAGGUAACUCCUUGCACAGGGUAACAGUGAAUGUUAGACUGCAGCAAGGUGCAGCCUCCUCCUCUUCCUAUACAAGGGAGGAGGAGGAGGAGGCUAUACUAUACUUGGCUGCUCUUCUAUAUUGGUAACCUGUGCAAGAUUGAUACUUCAUUAUAAGUUUAAGUUACAGCACUGCAGAAAUAUUUCCACAGCCUGUAUGAGUUGGUAAAAUUUUUUGUACCAAAAGUAAGAACAAAUCCAAGGGCCAGAUUCAUCAAACCUCUCGUCGGCAAGUUGUGAAAAAUUAAAUGGGCAUCACAGGACAAAUAUGAAUUAGAGUACUGGAUACAAACAAUUGACUUGCCCUAGAAUGAAACUGAACACCAACUCCAACCAAGGUCAAAGCUUACAUGGUCCGAAUGGGGUGGGGCGACGCAGCCAUAAAUUAAACUAAUUUCCUAUAUCACGGAUCCACAACACUAGAAACUCUCUCCAAGGGGUGUAAUUUAUUAACACUUACAUUAGUGACCAUAGCAAAUCUAGCCUCAUGUUGCUAUAAGGAAUUAAACCCCCAGCAACCUUCAAGAAGUUAAUCCCUUUUACCCCCAGCAACCUUCAAGAAGUUAAUUCCUUUUAACUUGAUGAGGCCAUUCACUAAUUUUGGACAGUUAUCCAUCCCAAUGAGAAGAUCGACUAUAUGAUCAGUUAGGGUCAGAGAAAUUUCCGCCGUAAGUCUUUUGGUAACUCCGUCUGCUAUGAACACCCUUGAUCUUUAGGUGGUUCUGAUAGCGAUGAAUGAAAUGACUGCCUGGCCAUCACUUCAUUCAUCACCAUUGGAACUGCCUAAACACGGAGUGUCCGUAGUGGACAGAGUUACCAGAAGACUUACUAACGAGAGGUCUUGAGGUCUUGUAAAUGGUUUGAUGAAUCGGGUCCCGAAUUUGUUUGUCUUAGAAUAAGUGAAGUACAAAACAUCCUCAGUUGAUCAUGUAAAAUAAAAAUAACAUGCCAGUUCAAUGACCUUAAACAAGCUCUGUGUUUCGUCCACAUAAUCACGUUUGAUAACUCCCAAAUUGCAUUUUAAUUCUAAUUCUUAUUUUUUUCUUUUUCCUUAUUCAGAAUUUAUGUAUACUGAAAGUAAAAAAAUACACAAGUUCUGCUUGA